AUGGGUUCAUCAGUGAGGCUGGACGAGAUAGGAACCAAACUGCAUCCUCAGGAUGUAACCUUCCACAAAGAGACCGUGGCCGACCUCUUGCGACGGCCGAACCUUCAUUUCCCGGGAGCGCAACCUGUAUCUUUCGCUCGCAAACACCUUAACGAACUCGAGCGCACCGACUACUUCGUCGCCGAGAAGACCGACGGCAUAAGAUGUCUACUUUACCUCUCACAAUUGACAGGCGAGGACGGAGCAACGAACGAGGCACAGUUCCUCAUUGAUCGCAGAAAUGACUACUACUAUAUACCUCCUGGCUAUCUCCAUAUCCCACCUCCAGGCCGAAACAAACCAUUUGAGAUUUCAUCUUGGCAUAUCGGUACGGUUCUCGACGGCGAGCUCGUGAGUCAGCGCUUCCCCGACGGGCGCGAGCAGAAGACAUACCUCAUCUUCGAUUGCCUUGCUAUGGACACAAGAUGCGUCAUGGAGGGAGACUAUGGUUCACGAUUGUGGAAAGCAGAGAAUCUGGUAUACAGGCCGUGGAAAGCAUUUGCGCAAGAGUGGCCGGGAGAAGCCAAGGUUCAGCCCUUCCAGCUAUCGAUGAAGAAGCCACAACUCCCAUACGGCAUCAUGAUGAUGUUCAAAGAGGUCAUACCCAAGCUUCCACAUGGCAACGACGGCUUGAUUUUCACAUGCAAAGGUACGCCCUAUGUGGCCGGUACCGAUCAGCAUAUCCUCAAGUGGAAGCCACCGCACGAGAACACGAUCGAUUUCAGACUGCGCUUAGGUGCAUUCCCCAUGGAAGAAGACGCAGACGGCAUGUAUGAGGACUUUGACCAGAAACCCGAAAUCGAACUUCUCGUUUCCCAUGGGCACAAAGAUCAUCGCAAGUUCGCCAACCUGCAUCUUACCGACGACGAAUGGGAAGCUAUGAAGGGCAUGAAUCAGAUGUUCGACGGUCGCAUCAUCGAAUGCUACCGCGAAGCGCAUACCGGUCAUUGGCGGCCCAAACUCGAUGGCAGAGUGCCGCGUUUCCGGGACGACAAGGACUCCGCCAACCAUAUCACCACUGUGGACAGUGUUCUCGAGAGUAUAGAAGACGCCGUUUCCGAGCAGGAUCUGAUUGAUGCAGCUCAAUCCAUUAGGACUGCUUGGAAGGAGAGAGAACGCAAGCAGAAGGAGCUGCAGAAGGAGCAGCAGGCGCAGCAGCAGGCGCAGCAGCAGGCGCAACAGCAGGCGCAACAGCAGGCGCAGCAGCAGCCGGCACAGCGUGCUCAGGUCAAACAAGAAGCGAAGCAAGAGGUCAAGCAGGAGGUCAAGCAAGAAGACGACGACGGGCCCGGCUAUGAUGAUUGA